AUGGCUUCUUCUACACUCCUCCGUAUGGUUCCAUGCAAUGGAUGCAACGGCGUCGUAUCUGCAAAUCGGACCUCCAACUCUCACAAACCGUGGGCCGGAUCUCGGAUCCGUUUCACUACUACCCGGAAAUGGAAAGCCGCCGGCGGAUCUUCAAUUCGGGCCGGGUCUUCAACUUGCGGCAAUGCAGUUUCAGACAAAUCAAGAACUUCGCCGUGGCUGAUGCUACCGCCGUCUAUUGAAGACGGAGAUAACAGCAUCACGUACAAUUUCUACAGCCUCGCCGAAGACAAAGUACACAAAAUCAACAACAACAAAUCACAAUCAUCGGAAGUAAAACCAGAGUUGCCGGAAAAAUACGUCGGAUCUAAUUCACGCGGGUGGCUGGCUUUGUCCAAUCCGACCAAAGGCGAACAAUUUCUCUACAACCCAAUCUCCGACCGCCGCAUAAAUCUCCCGAGCAUCGAAGCAGGCGACGACAACGCAAUCAGCAAACUCAUAAUCUCCGACGACGACGAAGAAGAACAAGACUUCCGCGUAAUGAUAAUACACCACUCACUUCAAAAGCUAGCCUUCUGCCGCCCCGCCGCCGCCGCAGCGGCGGCAGAGUGGACCACCAUCGGAGAACCCUUCAUUUUUCUCGACGACAAGUACUUCGAGAGGGCGUACGAGGACAUCGUCUACUCCGCCGCGCACAAACUCUUCUUCUGCGUCACGUGUUUCGGGGAUUUCGAGGCUUGGAAUCUCCAAAACCCCGAAAACCCUAGGAGUAUUCCGAUAACCCUCUCUGCCGACAAGAAGAAUUUCCCGUGGGGCUCGGCCGGUAGAUUGGACGAAGCCCUACUUAAAAGGGACUGCCAUUCAAUUAAAUACCUCGUCGUUUCCGAGCACGAUAAUCGACUCUUUCUCAUUCGCCGGUUCAUAUGCGAUCAAAUGUACCCCGGCGGCCACGGGAAGGUGAAAAGUAACAACGAGAUGAUGAUUACGUACCGGACUAUGUCGUUCGACGUUCACGAAAUCGAGAGAGAGAAAGGAGAGAUGAGGUACAUGGAAACUUCCUUGGACGGGUUGGCUAUGUUCAUCGGAGUCAACCACGGGUUUGCGAUCCACGUUAACGCGGCCAAAGGGAAACUGAAACCUAAUUGCAUUUACUUCACCGACGCCAAGGAGUAUACUACGCCGUACUGGGAUAAAGAUUCUCCGUACGGUGGGCAUGAUAUCGGCAUCUUCGAUUACGUGGAGAGGGAUUUCUCGCCGUGCUUUUAUCCCAUUGAGGAAAGAUGCUUCACCGUCAACCAAAUUUUCAUGCCGGGGAGAUCCGGUGCCGACAAGAUAAAGAGGAUCGUCCCACCACCAAUGUGGUUUAAUCCGCCUCCUUUAGUUUAA